UGCUCUGCUCGGUUGUGCAAGGUGCAAGGUGUCAUCCUCUGUGCAGCCUGUGGCUUCCCUACCCACCCUGUCACCAUGCGCAGCCGGGACGCUACCGCCUUGACGGUCCUUUCGGUGCUGGGGGUGUGCCACUCUUUCCAAGUCUCGCCGAUUUCGCCGUGCCGACCGCGACACGCACCCUGCCCGCUGCUGAGGCCUCGUUGUGCCCAAACGGUGUGCAAGAGUGCAGGAAAGGAUGAAGAAGAGGGGGACGGUGUGGAUUACUCGGCGGAUCCUAUAACUGCGUUCCUCGGGAAGUUUCUGCCUAAGGGCGAGAAGAGCAAUCCGCCACAAGCGAAAGAUCUGGUGUUCAACGUCGGCGAGGACGCGAAACGAAGAGGCAUGGCCGCGGGGGAAAUGGCGUCUGCCCUCGACGAGGCCCUGAGAAGCAACGGCUGGUUCGUUACCGGGCGAAUAGACUCCUCCCUCUUCAGCGAAGGCUUCUUCUUUUCGGACCCGCAGGUGUCCCUCACCGGGGUCGACAAAUACGCCGAAGGCGUGGCGAAGCUGUUUAACCAGGAAGAGUCCAGGUGUGACGUCAUUUCCACGGAGGUGGACGGGGAGGACAUUGUGGUGAACUGGCGUCUCUCCGGGCGGAUAAACCUGCCGUUCAACCCUCCCAUCAAGCCUUACAUUGUGACCACUACCUUCGAGAGAGACUCAGACGGGCUGCUGAGCACCCAACGGGACGAGUUUUCCAUCGCCGGCUGGGACAUCUUGCUGCAUGCCGUCUUUCCCGGUCACCCUUUCGGGGCGGACCCUGCCCCUCCCGUGCCCCCGGUCGCCUCGUGA